AUGUCCGAUUCAGCCAGCACCACAGCCACUGCUGCCCAAAAAGGUAAGAGCUUAGCGAGUAGUUCCCCUAAGGCGAAAAGUGAUACCCCCCCUCAACUCAAGUCCGUUGCUCUUGGCCCUAACACUGAGAACGGCAAAUCGAAACCAGGCACGACAAAAACCAAAAAGAAAACCUCUUCCGAAAAACAAUACCCUAUAGCCAAUAACAAUACUAGCCAUACUUCCUCCGCGAACACGGUCGUUAAUGUCGGUCAUAGUUGUGGAACCUGUAAGUCGGUCGAUAACAGCCGGAUGGUUCAGUGCGAUGAUUGUGAUGGAUGGAACCAUUUUAGUUGUGUGGGAGUGAACCAAAGUGUGGAGAAUAGAAAGUGGAAUUGUGCACAGUGCCAGGCGAAGCAAAAGAAGAAGAAGACGGGUGCUACGAAGGUUGCCAGGAACACCGCUGCAGCGAAGAAGGUCGAAAAAUCGAGGCCGGAGAAAACCAGCGACGGGAAGAAGAACAAGACUUCAUCAGCGAUGAAAGAGAUGGAAGAUUCUUUGCCGAGGAAACCCGUGGGAACCACGAAACCACCCAAAGCAGCAUCUGUUAAGUCAGCGGGAUCGAGAAGGUCGGCGAAAGCGCACCUGGAGCUGCAAUUGCAGAAACUCGAAGCAGAACAGAAGCUGCUAGAAGAGAAAAAGAAGCUGAUGGAGAAACACUUCAGCAUUCCGGAGGAGUUGGUCGACCUGGAGGAUGAAGAAGACGCCGAUGAAGAGGAAGUGGACGCUGAUACUAAGGUGCAGAACUGGUUAGGCGCCACUGGUGGAAGGCGCCAAGAAGAAGAAGAGGAAUCUCCUAGUGCGGAUGAAGAAGAAGAGUGCUCCGACGACGAAGAAGAGGAAGAAGGUGGAGAAAUGGAUUCCAGCGAUGAUUCCGAGGAGGAAACGGUGUCAGACAGCAGCGAUGACUCUAGUGAGGACGAAAAGGGAGGAACUAACGAAUCUAGCUUCAAUCCGAAGGGUCGUUCUACGCCAGCAAAGAAAGGCGAAAACAGGCGAAAAGACGCAACCAGUCAAGACGACGAAAACAUGAUUCGGCUGAGGAACUGCCUGAAGGGAGAUGCGUUUGCUGCCGUUCGAAGUUUUCUUCUCCAUCCGAAGACAGUGAACAGGGCGAUGGAUGCGCUCAAAUUGAAGUUUGGACAGCCAAGGUUUAUCAUCGAAUCUCUGAAAGAAAAGGUUCUUGCCAUUCCACCGGUCGACCCUGAGUCGAUGAACGCGAUGGUCGAUUUCGCGCUGGACGUCCAGAACCUGACGGUGACGAUCGACGCCUGUGGUCGGAAGGAGCUCAAGCAGGAUGCUUCGUUGCUGAACUCACUGGUUUCCAAGCUUCCGGGACCAAUGCAACUACAGUGGGCGAAACACUCCAGAAGUAUUCAGAAGGUUAACCUGAAGACAUUCGGCAAAUGGAUUUACGAAAUAGGCGAAGACGCCUGUCUGGUUUCGAAGCCGCGUCAGACAAAAGCAUCGUCUCACAACCAGGAGCCACGCAGGAGAACUAAGGCAUACGUGAAUGCUCACGUUGAGCACCAGGGGGAGUACCACGCUCAUUUGCCAGGAGGUAGUACAUCAUCAGCCGGUGCCAGAAGAGCCUACCCCACAGCGUGCAUUGUCUGCAGGGGAUCUUGUGCAUCUCUCGCGAACUGCCAAGGCUUUCGGGAGUUGUCAUACGAUGGACGGUGGGCAAUCACACGCGAAACCAAGCUGUGCCGGAAAUGCUUGAAGCGCCACAGAGGAGGAUGUGUGUCCAGGAACUGCGGAGUCAACGGAUGCACAUGCAAACAUCACCCAUUGCUGCACAAGCAGCUAAACCCAGAGUCCGCGCCCAUGCAGCCAAACUCAGAGUCUACGCCCAUCCAGACUGGAGACAACGCGCAACGGGAAGAGCGGUCCUGUAACACUCACCUGUCCGGGUCCAGCGCUGUCCUGUUUCGCUAUGUUCCAGUCGUGGUGCAUGGAAACGGGAUUGUGAUUCAAUGCUACGCCUUCUUGGAUGACGGAUCCUCGCUAACGCUUAUGGACCAAGACCUAGCAGAUGAGCUGAACCUAAAAGGAGAACUUCGUCCCUUGGGCCUCAAGUGGACUGGAGGCACAUAUCGAACAGAGGACAACAGUCAAAUCGUCAGUUUAGAUGUGUCCGGACUUAAAGGAAAGCGGUAUCACCUGGAGGAUGUAAGGACAGUGGAGGAGCUGCAACUUCCGUCUCAAACGCUCGACGUGACGCAGCUUCAGAGAGAUAACCCCUAUCUACGAGGAAUUCCCGUAGAUUCGUACACCGAUGUCCGACCUCGUCUGCUAAUCGGAGUGCAACACGCUAACGCGACGUUGGUCAGGAAGAGUCGAGAGGGCGAAUCCGGACAACCGAUUGCAGUUAAGACCAACCUGGGAUGGACGAUCUACGGAGGAGUGCCGACGGGAGAGUCGCAUAGUAUGGUGCACUAUACGUACCACGUUUACGCCUGUGACUACCAGAUGCAAGAUGAUGCUGACGGGAAGCUGGAUCGCGCGGUGAAGGACUUCUUCUCUCUUGAAAGUCUAGGAAUAACAGCACCCACUAAGACGAUGCGCUCCGCCGACGAUGAGAGGGCCCUCAAGCUGUUACGUGAGCUAACCAAAUUCGAAGGCGAGAGAUAUACAACCGGCCUGCUCUGGCGAUACAACAUCACGCAUCUGCCAGACAGCAAACCGAUGGCGCUGAAGCGGUUCUUGAAUCUCGAGCGACGCAUGGCGAAAGACCCGGAGCUGAGGGGAGUACUGCAACAGAAACUGGCUGAUUACGUCACCAAGGGCUAUGUUCGGAAGCUUACGAAGGAGGAACUGGAGGAAAACCACGAGCGUGUCUGGUACUUACCAGUCUUUCCGGUCAUCAACCCCAAUAAGCCAGGAAAAGUUCGACUCGUCUGGGACGCCGCAGCAACAACGCAUGAAGUUUCGCUGAACUCUUUACUACUCACGGGACCGGAUCUGACCACUCCGCUUGUUUCCGUGCUUUUCAAAUUUCGCGAACAUCGAUUCGGUAUUUGUGGCGACAUCAGGGAGAUGUUCCACCAGGUUGGAAUUAGAGACGAAGACCAGCAUAGCCAGCGAUUUCUGUGGCGAGAUGAGAGAGAGCUAGGUGAACCCAGUGUUUACGUUAUGCAGGUGAUGACGUUCGGGGCGUGCUGUUCUCCAUCAAGUGCACAGUACGUGAAGAACAUGAACGCGGAACGUUUCAACGAGCAAUUCCCAGCAGCCUCUGCGGCCAUAGUGCAGUGUACGUAUGUCGACGACAUGUUGUGUAGCACAGAGACCGAAGAGGAGGCGAUUGAGUUGGCGAAGACUGUUUGGGACAUCAACAAUCGAGGCGGGUUUGAAAUCCGCAAUUGGAUGUCCAACUCCGUUGGCAUACUAUCAGCGCUUCGUGGAGAUUCCUGUGCAGAGAAAAGCCUCGACCUGUCAUCCAGCCUAGCGACCGAGAAGGUAUUGGGGAUGUGGUGGUGUACUAAGACCGACUGUUUCACUUACAAAAUCAACUGGGAUCGGCUAGGACGUGAGCUGCUGGAAGGCAAUCGUUGCCCUACGAAACGUGAGGUACUCCGCACCCUGAUGACCAUCUACGAUCCUCUAGGUCUCAUCGCGCACUUCCUAAUGUUUCUCAAGGUACUGCUAAAGGAGAUCUGGCGGACCCGAGUAGGCUGGGACGAAAACAUCGACGAUAAGUGCUUCGAAAAGUGGCGAAAAUGGCUGCAUCUUCUUCCGGACGUUGAGAACGUCAGUAUCCCACGGUGCUACAGGAUGUCUUCAUCGCUUGGUCAUCACACUGAGAUCCAGAUGCACACCUUUGUCGACGCGAGCGAAAAUGGCACGGCAGCAGCUGUCUAUCUCCGAUUCGUGGAAGGCGAAAACAUCGAAUGCAGUCUCGUCACCGCUAAGAGUCGUGUAGCACCACUCAAGUAUCUCUCGAUUCCGAGGCUCGAACUUCAGGCGGCAGUAAUUGGAGCCAGAUUAGCUGCGUUUGUGAUGCAGGGACUAUCGAUCAAGGUUGCCCGUCGAGUUUUUUGGUCAGACUCCCGCAACGUUAUCGCCUGGAUACGUGCCGACCACCGCAAAUACAACGCAUUCGUCGCCGCGAGAGUCAGCGAAAUCCUAGAUCUCACGAGCGUAUCGAGCUGGAAGUGGGUCCCAACGAAGUGGAACGUAGCGGACGAAGGCACGAAGUGGCAAUGUCAACCCUCUCUGACGAACGACAGCAGAUGGUUCAAAGCACCAGAAUUCCUGUGGCAAGCAGAAAAAGAAUGGCCAGAUACCCCGGAAAAACUGACGGAACCGGUGGAAGAGAUGCGAGCGUGCGUCAACGCGCACUUCCCAACGGAAAGCGAGAUCAUCCCAGUUAAAGACUUCUCAACCUGGAGACGAUUGGUCAACACAACCGCCUACGUUUUCCGAUAUCUACGCCAGCUUCGACCAAAGAAAUUCACCCGCACCAUCGAAAUCCUUUCGAGCGAGGAGAUACACCAAGCUGAAGAAUACCUUCUCCGCACAGCACAGCAAGACGUCUUCCGAACCGAGCUCAACAUUCUCCGACGCGACGACCGCAACGCAACGAUUCCCAAGCAAAGUCAGCUGUACAAGCUCAACCCGUUUAUCGAUGAAAGAGGAUUGCUGCGCAUGCACGGGAGAACUGGAGCGUGCAAGUUCUUUGCAGUGGAAAUCGCCAACCCUAUCAUCCUUCCGCGCGACCAUCCGAUAACGAAGCUCAUCGUUGAAAGCUACCACCAGAAGUUCCAUCAUCAAAACCACGAGUCAGUCAUCAACGAAGUUCGCCAGAAAUACUGCAUCAGUUGUCUACGCAGAGUAUACGCCAAGGUCAGGUCCAACUGUCAACGCUGCAAGCUGCGGGAAGCUCGUCCGCGUCCUCCAGCAAUGGCUGACCUACCAAAGUGUCGACUAGCAGCUUUCGUUCGACCGUUUACACACACCGGCAUCGAUUAUUUUGGACCGAUGGAAGUGGCUAUAGGGAGAAGGGUUGAAAAAAGGUGGGGGGUUCUAUUGACUUGUCUCACUAUUCGCGGGGUCUACCUUGAUUUAGCUAGCUCUUUAACAACAAGCUCGUGCAUAAUGGUGAUCCGCAACUUCAUUGUGCGACGGGGAACACCUUCCGUUUUCUACAGCGACAGGGGGACUAACUUUAUCGGAGCCGAUCGAGAGUUGAAGCAAGCCCUGCAGGACGUCGACCAGCAGAAGAUAGCUCAGGAGUUUGUUUCGGCGACAACCACUUGGUGUUUUAAUCCACCGGCAGCUCCCCAUAUGGGGGGGAGCUGGGAACGACUCGUGCAGUCCGUCAAGCGCACCUUAGUGGAACUGCAGCUACCCCAUCGCCCGAAGGAGGAAGAACUGAGGAGUGCUCUUGUCGAGAUUGAAGGUUACCCAUCGAAGACGAGUUCCGACGGAUUCAAACCAUGGACCGAACUGGAAGUCAACUCCAUCGCUUUGAGUCGAGGUUGGCAUCUAUCGCAGCAGAUCGCGAACCACUUCUGGAAAAGAUGGCUGCGGGAGUACCUGCCGGAGAUCACCAGGCGUUCCAAGUGGCAUCAGAACGUACCACCGAUCAAAGAGGGUGACAUCGUGGUCAUCGUCGACUCCGAGCUACCAAGGAAUUGCUGGCCCAAGGGACGAGUUAUCGGAACGGUAAACCGAGACGGGCAGGUGCGUACCGUAACAAUAAAGACGCCGAAAGGUGUCUACGAGAGACCGGCUGUAAAGGUUGCAGUGAUAGACGUGAGAGCUAAGGAGGAGUUUGCUGACUCAGAGGCGGAGUCAGCAAACUAG